UGCUCGGCCCGCUCCCGGCCAGCUGUGCAGGUGGCUGGACCAGCAGCAGCAGCAGCAGCAGCGAGGACUGGAGCGCGGGCGGCAGCAGCGACACCAUGGAUCUCUCCUUUAUGGCUGCGCAGCUGCCCAUGAUGGGAGGAGCUUUCAUGGACUCGCCCAACGAGGACUUCAGCACCGAAUACUCCCUGUUUAACUCUUCCUCCAACGUCCACGCUGCCUCCAAUGGCCAGGGCCCGCUGGAGGAGCCUCCUCGGUCGUCCAACGACGCCGUCUUGCUGUGGAUUGCCAUCAUCGCGACGCUGGGGAACAUCGUGGUGGUUGGGGUGGUGUACGCUUUCACCUUCUGAGGG